GACUCCGGCUUCGGUUUAUUUCCGUUCGAACUGCAGAUAAUUCCGUUACCAAGAUGAGUAAAUUAGCUUUGUUUUUGACGUGCUUCAUCGUGACCACAACGUUGAUGAAGACUUCUUCGGCGGUGCCGUUCCUUUACAACAGCGGUUCGACGAUCCUCAGCUCUCUGUUCAAAGCUUCGUCGCGUACCGAAGCCGAAGACAAAUCGAACAUCGAAGAUCUGCGCGUUCCCGAGGAUAACAAUAAAGAAGCGAGCAGGUUGCAGGCGGAAGAGUAUGAGUUCUUCAAGAAAACAGAGAAACAAGAGGAAACUCAGAACGAAGCUACUCCCGGUUUCAUCCAGAAGAAAAUCGGGAAGAUCCUCACGAAACUGCAGUUCUUUUCCGCGUUGAGAAACUCUCUGAAUUUCCAAGGGGCCGAAGAGGAAGCGCAGAAGAACGACGACGCGGAUUUCGAGAACAAAGUCGAUCAGGUGCAGAGCUCCAGCAACGUCUACAAAGUGAUGAGACCCGAAGACGCUCAAAGGAUAGUCCUGUAUCCAGUGAUGAUGGACAACUCGUUGGUGGAAACGGCGCGAAGCAUCGAUUUGAAAGCGAGUGAAAGCAAAAUUCACAAUUCCAAAGACGAUUCUCUCAAAAAUAACACAAACACGAAACCUGAAGAUUUGGACGAGGCUUUCUUGGAUCAAGAAGAAGGAGAGGAAGAUUCCGAUACGAAAUACACGCCUGCUGCGAUCGGUGUUUACAUCACUGAACUUUUUGGUAGCAUAGCAACGCUUCUCUACGGCGCAGCUCUUCAGGUGGCAAACAUCAGCAGCAACGCAUCAAACUCGAAUCGCUGAAAAUAUCAAAAAUAAAAAAGCAAUUGUAUUUUGUACAAAAUCUAGUCCCAUUUAUAUAAUGAAUUAAAUAUAUUUACGACGAAUGCAACGCCUUGUGCCAGAUUCGUUUAAUUCGUAAACAAA